AUGAAUGAAAUAUUGAAGAAUACCCAUGUUUUCGUGGAUGUGCUGUGUAUGUCGAGAUGUGAUGCAGUACGGCAGUGGGAUGAAGGUGCAUUCCAGAAAGCCUACAAAUGGGCAAACUACUUCGAAGAGGUGACUGAGACCAAGUUUUCCAGAGCCUUUCUAUGAAUGUUUUUAAAUCUUCAUUGUAUUGGCCGGGGCUCUUAUAUACUUUAUAGGGCGUAGAAAAUAUAUAAUUUAACCAACGAGGAGGGUUUGCCCCGGUAAAAAAAAACCUGUGAAGUUUUUGUUUGUUUUCUAGCUAAGCUUAUUGUUUUCCAAAGCUUUCUGGGAGGAGGUGUCAGAAAUACUCAGUUUGUGCUCUUGAUACCCCUAUAAAAUUGGCCCAUUUUCAUCCCAAUUUUAGGGAAAUUUUUUUUCAAUUCCCUUUUACCAGCAGUACCCACCUAAAAAAAAGAAGUGCCCCGGGUUGGAACUGCAACAUUUGACCUAAUUGGUUUUUUCCACCGAUCAAAAUUGACAUGCUGCAAAGGCAUCUGGAUUUCUCUCUUUGGGGAAAUGCUCAAAAAUGAAAAGUAUUUGAAAUUUCAUUGUCAUAAAGUCAAAUCUACAAGAAAUUGCAAACUUCGGCAAUUAUCCGGGAGAGUUCAGACUCUAAUCUGGAGACCGGGAGAAACGGUUCAAAAUUGGGAGUCUCCCGGAUUAUCCGGAAGAGUUGACAGCACUGGACAUCGCUAAAUGUUUCAUCCAUAUACUACCAUGGAAAAUGACAAUCUUUUGAUGCAAAGAAAUUUUGAUUAGCUGUAGCUAGAAUUCUUUUGAUGAAAUUUGAUUAAGUUCUUGGAUUUGAAAAACGUCACUAAUGAACAGAAGUCACUAGUCCAAUAGAAAAAUCCACUAGCCCCAGGCUAUUGGACACGACUUUCUUUGCAUGCUGCUUUCCGUCUUGUUCAUGGCUUGCUCUCAUGCACGCUUGGCAGCAUUUUUAUAUGAAGAAGGAGCCACAAUCGGCGACAAAAUAGUUGAGACAUUGUACUCAAAUAGGGUAACUUAAGAGAACAAAAGAAUCCACACCCCUCCCAUGCCCCCCCUCCCCUCCCAUUCAAAGUUGGGGUGUCUUUUGUAGGUAGCUGGAACAUCGGCACAACACUGCAUGGAGGGGAUGGGUGAGAAAAAGCUAUAUUUCCUCCUUUUGAAGUCAGUAAAACGUAAAAAAGUCCAGUUUAGGGCAAAGUGUCUCAACUCAUUUUGUCGCUGAUUGCGGGUAUAUGUUUUUGUUUUUAUUUCAGGUUUAUCACAGAUUAAAGUCCCGGCCAUCACUAGCAGAGAAACUUGAUAAAUACCUUGAAAAUUUCAACAAAUCUGAACAAAUUUACCUUGGAAAGUUCAAGUUAUCCCUUGAAGCUCUUGGUAGAUCAAAGACUUUACUGCGGCAAUUUCUCCUACAAAAUCCUCAUUUGUCAGAGAGUCAGUAUAAACUGACUUUAAAGCUGUAUGGAAUGACAAUUGGAGAAACACAGACUUGUGGUGAUAAUGAGGAGUUACUAAGAGAUUUUUGCCAUUUGAGUCAAACAAGGGCUGCUUUGUAUCUUUUGUGUAAAAUGAGAGACAGACUUACAGAAGACAUAAGAAUAAGCCAAGAGAAAACUAUUAAAACUAGCUUGGAAUCAAGUGUGGGGGAAUUUCCUAGAGCCAUCAGUUCUGCAGAAGUAGCUGUAGACGUCACUGCACAGUGUUUGUUCAAGUAUGUACAACAUCAGCUUAAGGUUGGAGGUAAGAUUUCCAGUGGAGGGAUGGGUGGGUGUGUGUGUCUUUUGUACACAGGCAGAUCCUUUCUUAUAGUCUCUGAUCUAAGGCAUGCCUCUUGCCGUGCCGGAUCCAGACCUUGAGAUAAGGGGGGGGGGUGGCCAGUCAUCCAGACCCUUAAAUAAGGGGGGGGGGGUCUCAGUGAUAAGGUAGUUUCAAGGCUCUCUACAAGAUGGACAUUUCUCUAAGACAGACAGUAGGCUGUAUUUCAGUCAAACCUCCACUAACAGCCACCUCUCCACAAUGGCCACUUUUUUCUGUCCCCAAGGUGUUGUUUUGCUUUUGUGGCUUGUAAGGUCUGAUACAAAUACUCAAGGUGGCACAUCAGAACUGGCCGGUUGGACCAUGGCGGACCAGACACUUUUGUAAUGAAAUAGGCUUUUUCCAAGAGAUUUUGCUGAAAAACCUUCUCCUUUGUGCAUAAUAUUUAGUAUUUGACCGGUCUGGAUGGUUAGUUUCAAUGAUUAAAAGUGAAAUUCUCAUUACGAUGGGAAUGGGCUGGCUGGUCAGUUCUGACAAAUGAAAAGCGCCCUAAGGCAAACAACUCUUUUGAUCCAUCAUCAUCAUUAUUGUACUUUGUAGAUCCUCAAAGGAGGAGAAAGCUGUUAUUUGAAAAACUGCAUGUUCUAGCUGAACAGGACAAUGGUCUUAGGAGCAUUAUCACAUCACUUCUCUUGACCCCAGAUGAUUGCCAGUCUGGGCAACAAGCUAAAGAUGUUAUGCAAUUUCUUUUGGACUGGCUUCUAGGUAUGAAUAUAUUAGAAAUAAAGAAAAAUCAUAUCAUCUCAAGGACAUUUUAAUGCAUAGUCUGAAUUUUGGUUAGUUUGGUUUUUAUCCUUGUGAAACAUAUACACAGAAGCUCGAUAAAGUGAACCUCUAAAUAACCAAGUCCUUUGACAAAUGAUUUUCUUAACCCAGUAAUAGUAAAAUAUAUGAACAAGAACCUUGAUAUAGCGAAACCCCGCUAUAGUGAACAAAUUUUUCCAGUCUCUUGACCAUUUGUUAUAUCAAGGUUCCACUGUAUAUUAUGUUGUGAUUUCAUUUUAUCCAUGUUUUGAAUUUUAUUUUCUUUUGUUAUUGGGUAUGGUAUUGUAUGUUUAUGGCUUUGAAACUAAGGGAAAUAAAAUUUAAACCAAGGAUAAAAUUGAACCACAACAUAAUAUACAAAACCUCUUGAUGGGCUUAUUUUCUAAUAGUUGUUUAAUUAUUUUGUCCUGUCUUGUUGUUGUUACUGUUGUCAAUUGUCUUUUUUUUUUUCAAAUGUAACCUCAAAGUUAGUCAUGUUGUAACUUAAUCAUCUGAAAACUGAAAGUUUACUGAUCACUAAAAUUUCAAUUUUAUUUUCAUUUUUUAUCGUCAGAAUUUCUAUCAAAAGCUUCAACUCCUCACCCUAGCAUGAUGUCCAUUCCUCCACAUCUUCUCAGAAGAGUGGCAUUCAUGUAUGAUGCCUUCUUUAAGAUUUACCUGUCCCAUCUGCAGAGUUGGGCAGAAAAUAUGAUCCCUAAAGUCUGCUGCAGCAAGGACGAUUGUCACACUUCAAGAGGAAUUUCAUGGAGGUAAAGAAGAUUUUUCUUCUGUUCAUAAUUCUUAUUAUCUAAUAAAAUAGCUGUCAGCAAAUUGGUGUCUAGUAUUUCUCAUGCUUUUGUGCCUGAGAAAUGCCGGCACUUACGCUGAUUUUUUGUGAUGGUUUUGACAAGCUUAACACCUCAGUUGUUUCAAAAUAAUAGAUUAGUCAAUAAAUAUUAAUAGUAAAAGUAAAGGCGCACCUGAGCCAUGAGGCUCAAACGGCAACCUCGUUCCCAGGGUACUGUCACAUGCCACUGGCGACAGCGCGUCACCUACCUUCCCCUCUUAGCUUUUCUCUUCAAAUUUCUACUCUUUUCUUAGUCUGAGACUUUAGAAGUCUAAGUCCCUUCAAUUUUGUUAAGAAAGAAGAAGAUCGAAAGUGUCAUAAGAAGGUAUCGAACCCGGGAUCCUUAGCUCCAAAGUCCUAACCCUAACCCCACUACACCAUGGAGGAUUUGACUAUUUCGGUGCUUAACCCUAAUCACUAUUUUCAGUGCUUAAUCCGAGUAUUUUGAUUAGUUUCCAGUUCAUUUUCGGCUUGGGUGACGCGCUGUCGCUAGUAGCUUUCGGUACUGCCCUACUGGUUUACGUUCGUUUCGCCUACGAGUCGUUUCUCCAACUCCUGCUGGCUAACUUCUAAAGUUGUUUCGCGUACGUGAUAGGUCAGUUCCCUAACUGCUCUUUCCUGGUCAGUGGCUAAUAGAAUGAGGUAUAUGCAUGCGUAUCGCACAUUUUUAUCAUGGCUGAGAGAACGAAGCAUAUACAUGCGCAGUGCUUGUUUCGCUUCUUAGCGGCGCGACAUAAGACGUUUGCGAAAUGACUCAUAAGCGAAACGACCGGUCACCGUCCUACCCUUUCCCCGGGGAAUCGUUGGAGAACCGUGGGAACGAGGUUGUCCAAACGGCCGGACCGUAACCCGGAUUGUUACAACCCCCUUGACAGAGUGCUAUAGUCCAUGGCAGGAUUACCCCCAACGGUAUACAUGUCCCGGUACCCAUAUAUACACCUCGGAAAGGGAAGCGAGUUUCUUUUCCAAGGAAACAACGCGUCGAAAAGGUUCAAACCAAUUGCUCCUGGUUUGAGAAAAGUUCGAAAAACAGCAUCAAGGUGAAGCUUACGAUCUCCAUGUAUCUGACAACGAUUAAAUUUCCUAGGGGAAGAAGAACGGCCACAGCAGUGGAAAAUUUUCCGCUGCUAUUUUCAGCAUGUACGUCAAGACGUGGUGCACUUUUGUUGAUAGCCCACUGGCUUUUAUAAAGGUCAUUUCUUUGAAACAGCUUUACGCAAAUUCAAAGUACAUUAGUUUAGGCAGUUUUCUCUUUCACUUCCAGCCCCCAAGGGGUAAGACGGACGCAUUUAACGUCUGGCGACAUCUUCUGUUACGUGUGUCUUUUAGAUGCACUAAACUAAACGUCUCAGACUUAAAAUACGUUUGGUACAAAAAAGGAAUGCCUUAAAGUGGGACGCAUUUAUGCCCAACUUGUCUAGAAACGACAGGAAAGAGUCAGUGUUUUGUCUCUUUUGAAAACUCCAAUAUUAGUCUCGUCUACUUUUAUGCGUCCUGUUUUUACAUCAGACGGCUUUAACGUCUCACGGACGUUAAAUAUGUCUAGGCAACUUUAACGUCUCUUGUAUAAAAAGGGCCAACAUCUAAACUUACUUUCUUUCUGCUUUAUUGAUUGCAACAGAUUUAAGCUCCACGAAACAUCGCAAGACCUUCAGGGAGAGGAUGAUGGUCAUUUGACCUUCGCAAAUUUGGUGAAUCAUUUGCGCCACUUAGCUACUGGCGGUGACUUUGUAGCCGAUGCAACUAAGAAACAGUUACAAUCUUGCCUGAUUCUAGAGGAGUCGAAAGUCUCGAGCAUCGACAACACAAAGACAUUUCAUUCACUAAAUUUAAAUAUAUGGGAGGACAUUUGUAGUUUGGUGUACAUAUAG